AUGAUGCUUCUCAGCCUGGGACUGGGCGUCCUGUUCGGCGUGGCCACAGCGCAAUUUCCCCCCACGCCUGAGGGGGUAACCGUCAUCAAGUCUAAGCUGCAUGAGAAUGUAUCAAUCUCAUUCAAAGAGCCCGGAAUAUGUGAAACCACACCUGGUGUCCGGUCGUAUUCUGGUUAUGUCCAUCUCCCACCCGGCUUUCUGAAUCACGACACAGGGAACACACAGAACUACCCCAUGAACACAUUUUUCUGGUUCUUCGAGGCGCGCAAGGACCCCAAGAACGCGCCCCUCGCCAUCUGGCUCAAUGGCGGUCCCGGUGGCUCCUCGUUCAUGGGGCUUCUCGAGGAACUGGGUCCCUGUUCCGUGGCCUCAGACUCUAAAACGACGGUUUUGAACCCCUGGAGCUGGAACAAUGAGGUUAACCUCUUGUUCCUCGAUCAGCCCAUGCAGGUUGGCUUCUCCUACGACGUCGCUACCAACGGCACCUUAGUCACAGACUACGACGCGGUAGACUCAACGAUUGUGCCGGGGGAUUUCUCGACGGAGGUACCGGAAUCCAACUUCACACACCGUGUUGGCACAUUUGCGAGUCAGGAACUGUCACAGACCGCGAACAGCAGUGCGCUUGCUGCCCAUGCUUUAUGGCAUUUCGCCCAAACCUGGUUCUUUGAGUUUCCUCAUUACAAACCUGCCGAUGAUCGCAUUUCUCUCUGGACUGAGAGCUAUGGAGGUCACUAUGGUCCGGCGAUCUUCGGCCUUUUCCAGGAACAGAAUGACCGGAUUGCGAAGGGCACCGCGGAAAACGGCGCAAAGUAUCUCCAUCUCGACACGCUGGGCAUCGUGAAUGGUCUUAUUGAUGCUGUGGUCCAAGGAGAAUCUUAUAUUACCAUCGGAUAUAACAACACAUAUGGCCUGGAAAUAUUCAAUCAGUCGUUGCAUGACUCGCUAAUGCACGAAUGGGCACGUCCCGGGGGUUGUCGCGACAGAGCGGUAGCGUGUCAAGCAGCCCUGAAAGACUGGGACUCUACUCCUGGGAAGGGAAAUAUCUCCGAGAUAUGCAAAGACAUCGAUCUAGACUGCGUGGGAGGGGGUACUGCUCGAUACCAGCAGCUGGACCGCAGUUGGUAUGACAUUUCGCACCCCAAAAAUGACCCUUUUCCAGCGCAUCAUAUGCUUGGCUAUUUGACCCAAGAGUCCGUGCUAAAGGCUCUCGGCGUCCCUGUAAACUUCACCGAGGCUGCCCCCGUCGUCCACCAACUGUUCGAGAAGACCUACGACAUCACCCGCGGCGGGUUCCUCGACUCAAUAGCCCACCUGCUCGACAGCGGCGUCAAGGUGCACAUGAUGUACGGCGACCGCGACUACGCCUGCAACUGGGUCGGCGGCGAAAAGGCCAGUCUCGCAGUGCCGUACUCGCGCGCCGCAGAGUUCGCCAGCACCGGGUAUUCCCCCUUACUCACGUCCGAAGGCGUCAAGGGCAUGACUCGUCAACUGGGCAAUUAUAGCUUCACGCGCGUCUACCAGGCAGGCCACGAAGUCCCGGCGUAUCAGCCGGCCGCGGCUUAUGAGAUCUUCAUGCGUGCUACGCUGGAUCGGGAUAUCCCGACUGGACUACAAUAUGUUACGGAGGAGUUCAGGACGAGUGGCCCGAAGGAUACUUGGCAUAUUAAGAAUAUUGCUCCCCCAAUGCCGGAGCCGAGGUGCUAUGUCUUGAAUCCGGGGACGUGUCUUCCGGAGGUUUGGGAGAGGGUUGUGGCUGGGACUGCCACUGUGAAGGACUUCUUUGUGGUGGAAGAUGGUGGGAAUGAUGGUGUGGUUGGUUGGUCUCAGGAUACUAGCCAGGUAGUUCUUGGUGGGAUGUGA